AUGGCCAACCUGCAGACUCUACUCUGGACCGUCCUCGUCCUCCUCACAGUGGUGCUUCAGUGCACCGAAGCAGGUCCCUAUGGCGCCAACGUGGAAGACAGCGUCUGCUGCCGGGACUAUAUCCGCUACCCCCUGCCCCACCGGGUGGUGAAAGAGUUCUUCUGGACCUCGAACUCCUGCCGGAAGCCUGGCGUGGUCCUGGUAACCAUCAGGAAUCGGGAGUUCUGUGCUGACCCCAAGGCACCCUGGGUGAAGAGGAUUCUCCAGAAGCUGGGCUCCUGA